CAUAUCUCGCACCUGCAGAAAGACACAGAACGAGACACGCUGCAAGGCAUUUGAAAGAUCAUCAAGUCGGAUUCAUGGAUACUAGCGUGAUUGCCCUGUCCGUCGUGGUGCUACUGUUCGCGGUUGCGAGCGCCGUCCUGGGGUUCAUCGCGGAGACCACAAAGCUCAAUCCGGAUGAAAUCAAGUACUCUGGCGGCGUGUGCGUCUACCCGGCCAAGCCAGCAUACGCGCUGGGGAUAUGCGCGGCGGCCCUGCUGGCGGCGGCCCAGAUCAUCGCGUCGGUGGCCGGCGUCUCCGGCUGCUUCAAGCCGCAGGGCGGCGCUCCCGGUCCCAAGCGGAAGAAGGCCGUCAGCUCCGCUGUCCUCUCAUGGAUAUUAGCGGUGGUGGCGGUGGCAUCCUACGCGCAAGGCGUGGUGUGGAACGACGCGGCCACGACGCGCGACGCCGUCACGGACGGGUGGUUCAUCAAGUGCCACUACCUCAAGGGCGCCGUCUUCAGGAGGGCGGCGUUGCUGGGCCUCGCCGCCGCCGUGCUCGGGAUCUGCGCGUACGCCAUUCUUCGCGAGCGACCUGCUGGGGACGAACCCAAGCCCGACGGACAGCAGCCGGCGGUCGGGGAAGUGCAGAACACGCGAACUCCUCCUCCACAGGUUCAAGCACAUCCGCAAGUAUAG